UUCACAACAGUGCAGAUAUUUAUCAAUAACCAGCAGUUGAACUAGGGCGGGUUUGCAUUGACUUGGACGGGAUUUUCUCAAGUAGAUACAACGUUUAGAGAUCCAUUAUAAUACAAUGUUUUUACUUAUUUGCGGAGGAGUCGUCGCCGUUUACCUGCUGUUAUGCGUGACGAUUUUAAAAAUACCCAAAUGUAAAAGCACAGCCAAACUGCACGGGAAGACGGUUAUUGUGACGGGUGCGAACACGGGUAUCGGCAAAGCCACAGCGUUGGAUCUGGCGAGGAGAGGAGCUCGGGUGAUAUUAGCGUGCAGGAAUGAAAACAAAGCCCAGUCUGCGGUCGCGGACAUACAAAGGGAAACAGGAAACAAAGAGGUGUUGUAUAUGCACUUGGAUCUGGAAAGUCUGCAGUCUGUGAGGUCAUUUGCUGAGAACUUUCUUAAGAAAGAAUCCAGAUUAGAUAUCCUCAUCAACAAUGCAGGACUUUUAAUGGGCGGCAAGACUAAAGAUGGCUUCGGAAUGAUCUUCGGUGUCAACCACCUCGGUCACUUCCUGUUAACUGUGCUGCUAUUGGAUCGUCUAAAAGAAUGCGGCCCCAGCAGAGUUGUCACUGUUUCUUCAUUGGCUCAUCUGUGGGGGAAGGUUGACUUUAACUGCAUCAGCACUCAUAAAGAUCUUGGAUUAGGAAAUUCAGAUUUUGCCUUGUUGAGGAUGUACAGUCACAGCAAGCUUUGCAAUAUACUCUUCACUCACGAGCUGGCCAAGAGACUCAAAGGCACUAAUGUCACCUGCUACAGUCUUCAUCCAGGAGCCAUCAAAACUGACAUCAACAAUAACAGCACCCUGUUGUGGCGGCUCGUAAUGACCCCAACUAUGCUGCUCUUCUUUACCGAUGUGGAUUCUGGAGCUCAGACGUCUAUUCAUUGCGCAGUUCAAGAGGGUCUGGAUCCCCUGAGCGGAUCCUACUUCUCUAACUGUGCCGUGGGUAAGGUUCCCGCUAAAGCCAGAGAUGAUGCCACGGCCAAAAAACUUUGGGAAGUCAGCGAGAGGCUCUGCGGUUUAGCAUAGGCUUACUGUGUGCCACUUUAUGUCCAUUAUAUAGAACUGCAUUUAUUUGGAGUUUCAUGUGUAAAUCGUCAAUAAAACAAACUUUAUGUCUCAUUAAAUAAUCGUGCACAAAUUGCGUACUUUAGUCAGAGCGGUAGCCUAGUGGUUAGCACUCCACACACGUAUACAUGAGCUGUCCACUGUCUUUCGGAGAAAAUCCCCCCACCCAAAAAAAUACGUACUUUAGUUAUUUUGCGAAAUGUUUGAUCUGAGUCGCAAUAGGUAUGCACAAAAAAUUGAACAUCUUUCCACGAAACCUCCACACACAUCUAUUUGUUAUUGUGAAGUGUGAGCGGGUCUUUGCAUUCUCUAAAGAUGAAUUUGAGGGCAAUGUCUACAAAUAGUCAAAUGGUAGUUUUUUUUUCAAAACCACUUAUACUUAUAGAAUGUCUUAUAUCAAGUCAGACUAUGCAAAGUCAGAUUCAAUACAGUUUUAUGCAGAAACUUUAAAAAAAUUCAGUUCAAGCUAUAAUGCAUUCUUUUUCUCAGUUACUUUUUGCAGAGUCACCUAAUUUAGCGAUUUCUGAAAUACAUGAAUACAUAAAUAUUUUUGGUUAAUUCUGUGCUUCUGAGAUCACAUGAGGGGUUUAUUUACUGUUGUUGUUUGUUCAUAAUAUGUACUUCAUAGUUUUAAGCACUGAAUAAAAUUAUAGUGUUUAGUAAAGGUUGUGUGCGUCUGACAUCCGGAUGUGAAAGUAAGUAAAUAAGUGUGCUUUCUAUUGUACUAUUGAUAACCUUUACAUACAGUAUGCUGCAGUACUUUUUGUUCAAUAAAAUACAAGAAAUGCUC